GCACCAACUGGAAAAUUAAUAGAAAAAGAGAAAAUCAAUGAAUAGGAAGAAGAAAUUUAAAUAACAAAAUAAACCCUAAAGAGUGAGGGUCAAGCCCAUUACACUAGUCCAUAAAAAUAAGCCAACUAAAAUAAACAAAAUAAAAGUCCAAUGAAAUAAAUAAACUGGAUGUCCUCAUCACUAACUCAAACCAUUUUUUGUCAAUACAAUCUUUCCUUCCUAGUUCUCAUCCUAUUUGGUCUAAUCUUGGUGUAUUCAUUUUAUUCUUCAUCGAUAAUAUUAAAGAUAUGAUGAUACACAUUUUCGUCACGUGGUAAUGUUGAUGUAUUAAUACAGUAUAUCUUGGAAGACGAUCAGAAGGGUCUGGUGUAUUAGAGGAGGCUCAGAGGUUGAUUUCUGAUGGACUUGAAAGUAAAUUACUUUCCGUCUUCCAGGACCUUCUAUCUGCCAACUACCCUGAGCAGAUGGAUGUUGACCUCUACACUCUAUGGGCUGAGGAGAUUCUUAUUGAAGAGAAUUUGAUCCUGGAGGUUCUUUUCCUGGCUUAUUACGAGUCUUUUUGUACUUGUGAUGCCAAAUGCUGGAAAAGAUUGUGCUUGCUUUAUCAGGACAUCAUUACUGGUUCAUACAACUUUGGGAAACUGGCAAUAUCACCUGAAGCAGUGCGUUCUAUCUAUCAUUCCAAAGUGCAGCUGCUACUUAUUCUCAUAGAGGCUUUGGACCUGGAAAAUCUCCUUCAAAUGGUCCACGAUGAAAUUCCGUUCAGGCAGGGUUCUGUUGCUUUUUCCAUAACUGAUGUUCAAGAAAUGGAUUCAAUAAUAUCUUGUUUUAGUGCUUUUGAGACCAAAGAAGCAGGCCCUCUGAUCCUUACGUGGGCAGUUUUUCUCUGUCUCAUUUCUUCUCUUCCGGAAAAAGAUGAGAAUAAUUUUCUGAUGGAGAUAGAUCACAUUGGUUAUGUUCGUCAAGCUUUUGAGGUUUCAUCUUUGAGUUAUUUUCUUGAAAUUCUUGAAAGUGCUACAUUGAAGGAUUCUGAUGGUCCUAUUGCAGGUUACAAAAGUGUUUUGAGAACAUUUAUAUCCUCAUUUAUUGCAUCUUAUGAAAUCAGUCUCCAGUUUGAGGAUAAAAAUCUAAAAGUAAUUCUGGAAAUCCUUUGCAAAAUCUAUCGAGGAGAGGAGUCACUUUGCAUUCAGUUUUGGGACAGGGAGAGUUUCGUCGAUGGUCCUAUUCGGUGUCUUCUUUGCAAUUUGGAGGGUGAGUUUCCAUUCAGGACUAUUGAAUUUGUGCAGUUCUUAUCAGCCCUUUCAGAAGGAGCUUGGCCGGCCGAAUGCGCAUUUAAUUUUCUUGAUAAAUCAGUUGGCUUAUCAUCUCCAUUUGAGAUGAGUAGCAACUCUGUUGUGGAUGCUUCUUCAAAGAUUGUUGAAGCGCGCCUCCCUGUGCAUCUUCCUGGUGUUGAAGGGUUUGUAAUUCCCAGUAGAUCUCGCGGUCACGUGUUAAGAAUGAUCAACAGUAAUACUGCUCUAGUACGGUGGGAGUACACUGAAUCUGGAGUGCUUGUGCUUCUUCUGCGUUUGGGUCAAGAGGUGUAUUUGAAAAGCUUUGAGGAGAGCACUGUUACUCUUGAUUUGCUGAGUCGAUUAGUGACUUUUAACAUGGCCAUAUGCUAUGCUCUAAUGGAUGCUGGGAGUUCUUCGUGCGGUGAAGUAACUUCAGCAGGAAAACCAGAAAAAUAUCCAUUUGUUAAUGUGGUUGAGAUCUUAUGUGCUUUGGUCAAAAGCCUACCUCCCAACUGCAACGGUGCAAUAAUGAUGUCCAUGGGAGUUACUAUUUUGUCAAAAAUGUUAAAAUGCUUGCCUUUUCAAUUAGCAACAAUGAUGAUGAAUUCAAAUAUAUUUGAUCUUGCCUUGAAGACGAAUCCCUUUAAUGUUAGCUCGAAUGGUUUAUCAAGUGGAUCGUGGUUGCUUUCUGGAAGGCUUGCCAAGAUGCUCUUGAUUGAUUGUGAACAAAGUGAUUGCUCGCUGACACUUUCGGUGCUAGACUUCACAAUGAGGCUCGUGGAGAUUGGAAUUGAAAAUGAUGUUGUUCUUGCACUUGUUGUUUUCUCCCUUCAGUAUGUUCUUGUUAAUCAUGAAUUCUGGAAAUAUAAAGUGAAGCAUGCACGCUGGAAGGUGACAACAAAGGCUCUUGAAGUUGUGAAAUAUAUAUUGUCAGUCUUAUCCCAUUGGAAACUUGGUGAGGUCGUUCGAGAUAUUCUGCUUUGUGAUGCUUCCAUCCACAGUGCACUUUUCCGAAUUGUUUGUACAACUACACAUGGGUUGGAGAAACUUCAGUUUAGCCGCCUGAUUGAGAUGACGGAUAUCGAAGGAUUGCAACUGGCCAUAUCUUCUGGUUUGGAUGUUCUUGCCAGUAUGGUAUCUGAUCUCUCGAAGGAUCUUGUGAGUAUUUCAGUAUUUCAUCAAGCAAUGCUGUCACCAACUACAAAGCCAAUACCUGUGGCUGCUGCUGCCAUGUCGUUGUUAUCAUACUUCCACAAUCCUAAGAUACAGACUAGUGCUGCAAGGUUGCUGUCCAUGUUAUUUGUUGUGGAUUUUUCGCAUUCAUCUACAUUUAGCAAUGCCAGUUUUGGUCUGGAUGAUAAGCAGGUUGACAUUUGUAAGAAUUCUAUUUAUAGAAUUAUUUCUGAGCAGUUACCUUGGAGUGAAGAUCUCAUUGUUGCCACAUUGAAGCUGCUCAUAUUUUCUGCACGUUAUCAGCCUGCCUUUUGCAUUGCCGUUAUUGCUUCCAAAGAGAAUUUAAAUGCCCAACUGGGCAAUACUGACUGUGAGCAGCAGCCAGAUAAAGCUGACUAUGGAUUGUUGCUCUCCAAGGAAAUCAGUCUUUUAGAUGCAAUUUUGCAAUAUGUUAGAAGAUCUGAGGAUCUAAUGAGAAGCAAACCCACUAUAUUGUUAAAUGUGUUGGAUUUCCUCAAGGCACUGUGGCAAAGUGCCCCUCAGUUCACAAAUAUUUUGGAGCUGCUAAAAAAAUCGGAUAAGUUCUGGAGACAAUUGACCAACAAUGUCACGCUUAUUUCCAGUAGUAAAGAUGAUUUGUCUGGAAAUUUGACCGAAAUGGAGCUUCAAAAUCUAGCUUACGGACAUCAAUGUCAAUCGAAGGUUUUUGAAAUAUUGGCUUAUGAGAUAUUCCUGCAAAAGAAGCUUAUGCGUGCUGCAUUACUUGUAAAGCAAUCGUCUAAAUCAACUGAUGGAGGAGAAAAGUCAGAUGAUUCGCAAAUUCCAAAAGAUGCCAAUCUCACUAGCCUAAAGGAUAUCUUCUCAACCUGGUGUGAGAAUUCAUUGUUGACUGACCUGAUCAAGUCAUGUGUUUCAUGUGAAUAUGAUAACAGUACUCACAUCCGUGCAAAGGUUGCUGCUUGUUUAUUUGCUGUGCAUAUGAUGCGAAAAUUAAAAACUGGUGACUUCGGAAGUUUGUCUGUAUCACUGGUUGAAAAAAUAACUAUUUUGUCACAGAAGUUGAGCAAGUUGCCAGCCUUUUCAGAAUUGUUAACACAAUACACAGAGCGUGGUUAUAGUGAAGGAAAAGAUUUGCACAAUUUAGUACUCAAUGAUCUAUUUUACCACAUGCAAGGAGAACUGGAGGGCCGUUUCAUCGAUAAUAGACCAUUCAAAGAGCUCUCGCAGUAUCUGAUAGACUCGAGCUUCUUGGAUACAUAUAAACAUAAACGUGAUUGUUUUUUACCAGAGUUCAAGGAUGUCUACUUGUAUGACACUGUUCGUUUACGAUCAGAUUUGGGAUUAGAAUUGUGGGAUCUAUCAGCAUGGAAAACAUCAAAAGAAAUUGCAGAAACUAUGUUGCACUACUUGCAGGAUGUGAAUUUGAUGAUGUUCCUGUCAAAUACCAAGGUUUCGGCAUUGGGAGGACUAAUUAGCAUGUUACAUAUGCUAGAUGACAAUGUGAGUCUUCUAAUUUCUUGUAGUGAUUCCUGCACCAUCUUUAUUUUAUUCAGUUUAUUUUAGGUACAUAAGUUUUGU